AAGACGCUCAGUCACAGAGACAAGGACAGUGCUGAAGUGUCGUGUAACUUAUAUUUUAUUAUUUAUUAUUUUCCGAAGUUUCUGAGUCUGGAUUUAGAAUGAAGAUCCUCCUCAUCUUCACCUUCUUCCUGAUUCCAGCUGGUACUGAUGCUGUAACUACAGUAACUGGAUACAGAGGAAGAUCAGUUCAGAUUAAAUGUCCCUAUAAAUCUGGAUAUGAAGAUUACAAUAAGUAUCUCUGCAGAGGUAAAUGUCCCUAUUCAGGGAGUACUGACAUUCCUGUUGAAUCUGGAUCUCCUGCUAAAGACCCCAGAUUUUCUUUGUAUGAUGACAAAACAGCCCGAGUCUUCACCGUCAACAUCACUGAUCUGAUACCUGAGGAUGGAAACACUUACUGGUGUGCGAUAGAGCGGAAAUUGUCUGAUAUUUAUACAAAGAUUGUCCUGCAGGUUAAAACAGUUGAUCCCACCAUCAGUUCUGUCUCACACACCACACACUUCACUCCAACCCAUGGGGACACGACACAUUCAGUAACAGUUGAUCCCACCAUCAGUUCUGUCUCACACACCACACACUUCACUCCAACCCAUGGGGACACGACACAUUCAGUAACAGAUAAGUUACUAACUUAUACUACCCACAAAACCCCCAUCACUUCCUCAUCUCAGGGAUUCCAAACUUUACCUGUCAUCACUGCCGUGUCUGUUGUUCUCGUGCUGCUUCUCAUUGCCCUUUUAUUUACUGGACUGAUACAGUGGAAAAAGAAGAACCAAGUCUCACCAUCAGCCCAAUCCUUAAAAAGCUCCUCAAACCACCGUGUGUUUCCAGCACCAGUCUGUGACUACGAGGAGAUUACAGACAGCAGAUCUCUUUCUAACACAAUUUACUGCACUGCUCAGUUAUCCACAAACCUCUCUGAUGGUUCUGAAACCAUUUACUGCAACACUGAAUUACCGACAACUCCAACUGUUUAUUCUACAGCACAAAACCCAUCAGAUUCUCCUGAUCAGGACUUCUACUCCACAGCUCAGUUACCCUCAGCAGUCAGUGCUACUUCACCAUCAGUGGUGAAAUCAGCUGAAAGUCCAAUGUAUGCAGCAGUGAGUUUUAAGACCAGCUCUUAUGGUGCAGCUCCAACAGCCAUCUACAAGAGCAAGAGCAACUCCUGUAUUUAUGCUACUGUAAAUAGCUAGUUAGCAUUCAUCAGAGUUAUUUGUUCUUUUUAGCACCUAUUUAAAUAUUAUAUUAUGAUAUAACAUUAUUAUGAUAAUGUGCAUUUGGUCUGAUGUAAUAGUGCACAAUAUUAUGGGAUGUAUUAUGUGUACGCCUGACUAAAGAGAUGAUUUUUUAAAUCUACAUUUAAACUGGGAAAGUGUGUCUGAGCCCCGAACACUAUCAGGAAGACUAUUCCAAAGUUUGGGAGCUAAAAACGAAAAUAACAUCAUACGUAACAUAAGUAGCAGCAAUUUGUAAUCAAUUCUAAACUUAACACGUAUUGUAGUUCCCUUUCAAGGGAACUCGACGCUGCGUCAGUGCUGACGCUAUGGGAAUGCUUCUUUGAGGAAGUUGUGU